ACUGUGUGAUGUGUGUAACUGUGUGUUGCGUGUAACUGUGUGUGUUGUGUAACUGUGGGUUGUCUGUUUUGUGUACUGUGUGUGUUGUGUGUAACUGUGUGUGUUGUUGUGUGUAACUGUGUGUGUUGUGUUGGUUUUGUGCCUGCUAAGUUCAUGUCAGUAUAUUGGUAGGUACUACGAGGUUAUGUCAAAAUCGCCAGCAAUGCGCCCGAUCUCGUGAAGCUAAGCAGGCUUGAGCCUGGAUAGUGCGUGGAUGGGAGACCGUCUAGUGUGGGGAUACGCGGUGGGCUUCAGGAGGGCGGGCACUGUUGUAAGGUACCUGAAGGAGUUCCGCACGGAGCAGUGCUCGCUCUUCCUGCAGCACAAGUGCACGCAGCACCGGCCCUACACCUGCUUCCACUGGCACUUCCUGAACCAGCGGCGGCGCCGGCCAAUUCGCCGGCGCGACGGCACCUUCAACUACAGCCCAGACGUUUACUGCAGCAAGUACGACGAGACCACGGGGGUCUGCCUGGACGGCGAUGAGUGCCAGUACCUGCACCGCUCGACGGGCGACACAGAGCGGCGCUACCACCUGCGCUACUACAAGACGAGCAGCUGCAUUCACGAGACGGACGCACGCGGCCACUGCGUCAAGAACGGGGUGCACUGCGCCUUCGCGCACGGCCCACAGGACCUGCGCCCUGCCGUCUAUGACAUCCGGGAUCUGCAGGCCCAGGAGGCGGCGCAGAACGGCCAUUCCGCCGGAGGGGAGGUGGGCUCCGAGCUGUUGUCGGUGGCUGCCAGCCAGACCAUGAUCGAGCGGGCCCUGGGGGAGGACCAGCGCUGGCAGGACUCCAACUUUGUGCUGGCGAACUACAAGACGGAUCCGUGCAAGAAGCCCCCGCGCCUGUGCCGCCAGGGCUACGCGUGCCCCUACUUCCACUCGAGCCGCGACCGCCGGCGCAGCCCGCGGCUGCACAAGUACCGGUCUGUGCCGUGCCCCAGCGUGAAGCAGGGGGAGGACUGGUGUGAGCCUGACAAGUGCGAGGUCGGGGACGAUUGCCAAUUCUCGCACACGCGCCCCGAGCAACAGUUCCACCCCGAGAUUUACAAGUCGACGAAAUGUAACGACAUGCAGCAACUCGCCUUCUGUCCCCGUGGCCCCUUCUGCGCCUUUGCACACCUAGACCAAGUCCACUUGGCAGACUCUACCGAACCUGCUCUGAUCUGUGCGCAAGCCCCGAGCAGGCAGAGCCUUGCCUCACCUUCUCCACCGUCACGCUCCGGAGGCUCCCCCGCGCCGAGCCUGUCCAGCGGCGGGGGCUUUGGCCCCGCAGAGCCCCCGGGCUCCCCCGCGGCGACGUCGCCCCCGUUGCGCUCGCCGUUGCCGUCCCUCUCCGUCGCGGUUGGCCCGCUGGUGGCGUCUUUAUCCCCGACGGCGGCCUGCAGCUACCAGAAAGCGCCGGGCUACGAGCGCGAGGACCAGGCUAAGCUGCAGAAGCAGCACGAGCAGCACACCUACUGUGGCAACCUGCAGGAGCAGGAGGACAUCCAGAACACGCACAGCCUCUUGCGGGCGCUGCCCGUGGGCUGCCCGACAGGGGGCAGCCUGCCCUUCGCGACCGUUAACCCGCUGCCCACCAACGCUUCCACCAUGAAUGCCAAGGCCAUGCCCUUCUACCCGCCCUCCAGCACCGUCGACUCGGUCAUCGGCUCGGCGCUGGCUGACCUGGAUCUCCACGACUACUCCGUGACGGCGCUGGAGCGAGACCUGGGCUGUGGCAGCGGCCUCCUGCGCUGCACUGGCUCUCCCGGUGCCGUCGGGGAGAGGCUGUACGGCGAGCGCUCGACAGCCCAGCUGGCGAUGCGACCAGAGCUGCCACGGCCCGGCCUUCCCGCGCUGCCCACCACUCCCAAGCACUUCCCCACCAUCCACGACUCGCAUCUGCACGUGGACGUCAUCGGCGGUGAUCCAUCCAACGGGGCGGGCGGCUGGAAGCAGUUUGCAACGGGUGGGCCGCUGAGCUCGAGGUUCUGUGCCGGGCCCGCGGGGGUGACCAUCCAGCAGCAGCAGCAGCAGCAGCAGAGGCUGAGCGACGCCUCUCAGGAACUGUGGCACCAACCCCAAACGAGCUACGAUGCUUGGCGGCGUCAGGCGGCGGCGGAGGAGGCGCAGAGCACGGCACGGGCGGGCAACGGCGAGCCGCAGGCCGUGCCGCCGCGGGAGCGAGGGGCCCACCUCGGCGUGCCCGGCGCGUCCCCGCUCGGCGGCGCGCGUGCCGGGACUCGAGCCGCCCCGCGCCACGCCGUCGCCGACGUGGAGAUGUUGUCGCUGCCCGCCAUGCGCGCUCUCAAGACGCGGCUGGAGGUCGACCUGGAGCUGCUGGAGAAAGCGAUGCAGGAGCAGCAGGCGCGGCAGUGCCUGGCCUGCGAGGAGCGCCCCCGCAGGGCCGUGCUGCGGCCGUGCCAGCACUACGUGCUGUGCGAGGAGUGCGCCCCCCGCUCCCUCGAAUGCCCCUACUGCCGCACGCGCAUCCUCGGCUACCACUGCACCUCCUCCGCCUCGUCCACGUCCUCCUCCUCCGCCAGCGACGGGGGCCGCUGAGCUCGAGGGCCAAGCUGCCACGUCGCCGUAGUAACGGGUGGAAUCGGCCGAAGGGUGAACGCGCGUGCGGCCGCCGCGGCCGCUGUGUCCGGAGGUCGCCGGGGUCGGGUUAAAGGGCCGCGUCGCGUUUUACGAGAGGCGUCGUCUUCAGCGCGUGGGUUCCCAAUCGCACGCCAACACCGCAACGCUCUCAAGACAGUCGUGUUUUACGUCCUCAGCCGAAGCAGACGGUACACGUGGUGAUGCAGCUUUGUGUUUCUCAUGCUUGGCGCCCCCACGUUUCACGCGGCUGCUCUCCCACCCCCCACCCCCCCACCAAUAACAUCAUCAAAGUGCCAGGUUCACAGAGCACGCGUUGUUGAUGAGACUCUGUUUGAAUCAAAAACUAAUCUUGCCUCGUUUUCAAAUAUGCACAGCGUGCGAACCUCGUUCGUGCGGCACAAAACUCGUAUAGGUCUCGUGUAAGCGUGACGCUGUGGGUGAAGGACUAAUGGUGGCUGGAUGCAAAAUACUAAAAUGAAUUCCCGUAGCAUGUAUUAAUGCAUCCACCUCGUCACUGGCCAAAGCGUGGAGUGUUGUCAUUUUUUUUUGCAGCACUUCAACGUAAACGUGUUUUUUGGGUUUUUCCCACCCCCGGAAGUUGAGCACAACGUCACGGAGGAGCCGGUUCUGUCCUCGCACGAGUCACCAGCCUCUCGCUGUCGAGGCGGCCGCGGUGGCCGACGGAGUGGCGGCCGCGGUGCCAGCAGGUUAAUUCAUCACACUAUUUUUGCACUUUACUAGGCGUGCGUGCGCGCGCGUGAGCAUAGUUGCUGGCUCUUGACGAGAGCAGACUAAGUGUGCGAGUCGCACACGCAAAGCCGGAAAGUUUCCUGUCUCGCUGUGCUUCAGGUAAAUCCACGUGGGUUGGUGUUGCAAACAUGUCGGUUCUGUAAAUUCGCAUCGGCGGGGGGCUCCACCGAUUCCUGGAGCUCACAAGUCGUGCGACGGAUUGCUUGCGCGUAACGGGUUUUUCAGAUUCGUCCUUUUCUGCGACCCUCUCCAGCCAGCCACUGGGGGGGGGGGGGGGCGCUACGUUCAGCGAAUGUUAAAAACAAAAAUCAUUUCUUGAAUUGAACUGUGAAUCUGUAUCACGACAAUGAGUUGUGUACAGCGCGGCAUUAUCGCUCUCGAUUUCAGUCCACGAGCAACAUUGGUUUAUCCAUCCUGCAGAAUCAUUUCCAUGCAGUGCAAACACCCACACAGUACUUAUAAAUGAAGAGUUAUACAUCAGUUGAUCUUAGACAAACCGCGUACAAUGUAACAAACACUUUGAACUGUCGUAUUUUAAAUAUAUAAUAUAUGUGUGUUUUUAGAUCAUGUGAGUGCUACAGAUCGAUGGCCAUUUGAGGACUUGGUCUAUAUGACAUUGCUUAACUUUAAUUUUUCUUGGCUGCAUAUUAUUUCAUCAAGCUGGGGGACGAUGACAGAGAUUCUGCGUGGCAAAAGCGUCUUUUAUUUUCGAUGAAAAAGUGUUAAUGUAGAGGUUGGUUAAACGGUGCUGUUUCCCUCGCACACAGUAGUAGGAUCGCACUCCGGCGUCGGUCGUCUAACAAUGACUGCCACGCGGAGGGAAUUAAGUCGUACCUGGUCUGCAACGCUCAAAUUUGUUCCGUUUUAACGUUUUGUUUUUGCACAAAGAGACUCGCUCUCGAGUUUGACGUAUUGGGGGGGGGGGCGUCUUGUCAUUGUCGUGGUAACCAAGAGUAAGAAUGGCCGACUUGAGCGUGCAUGAUGACGAGGGGACUUUUUUAAUUAAUAAGAAAACUUGUUCGUAUUUAUGACUAUUUCACACACCUAGUUAUAUUUUUCAGAUUUUAUUACUUUUGCCUUAUUAAAUGCUUUUUAUUUGAUAUGCAUCGCAGGCACCCUCUGCUUGCCUAUAUUCCUUGCUGGGCUGGACUGGGCUGCGCAGGCCAGAGGGGAGGGCAGGGGUUUGGGCCUCCCAGCUUCUGCUGUAUUAAUGAUUUAGACACGGGCCCUCAUUCCGUUUUAAUUUGCAUCUGUGAUUAUAGAACAGGAGCCAUCUAUGCAGCGCACAAUUCCCCACAUAGGCAACAGCAGUGCAAGCUGAACCCUGAUCCUGGAGGUACCUGCUGCACUGUCAGCGAGUAUCUCUUGCAGUAUCCACAUCAGUCACCCCCCCCCCCCUCGUUUAAGGCUAAAUAGCAAUACACAGGGUGUCGCUAAAGGUAUGAAAUUUUAUUAAUGCAAUAUAAUCGGACUUAAUGAUGCCCUUAUUGACACCUUGUAUGUAUUCAUGAUGUGUGUUGAUACGUGUGUCUGUGUUGUAUACUUUAAAUGGAAUCUAUUAUAGGUGGCUGUUCAAUGGAAGUGAGGGUCCUCUUUGAGAGAGAAUGUCCUAAUCGCAUCCACACAACUUUGUAAAAAUUCAAUAUUUUAGACGUAAUUUUUCAUAGUAUGAAAUAGAACUACUGUACAGUGGCAAACGGGCGUUUGUAACUUUCCUCUAUACUACGCACUGGCAGGUCUCUUUUAACUACAACACUGAAAAGUAACGCAGUCGGCACCGUAUUGCUUGUAACACUUAACAGUAUUUAAUGCGAAACGCAAUUCCUCGAAUGCUGUUCCGGUGGUGAGACUAGCGCCACCGCGCUGUGGUCUCGCCGCUCUGGCGCGCUCCCCCGAGCCUCCGCUGUUUCACCUCGAGACCCUUGCCCACCGCUGCCGCCGCGGUGCGGUAAUGAAACAACGGUCUUGAGCUCGCACGAGAAAGUACGGCCGUUGUAUUCUGUCACCUUUCCUUCCGGCCGUUUAGUUCUUCCGCGGAGAAAUAAUGAUGAUAAUUUCAACUUGUGAUAUGCUGCCGCACAGUAUUCGCUCGCUUGCUCGCUCUCGAAGCGAGGGAACGACUCGGAGGGCACGAGGAGGAAACCGCAGACGACGCGGGGAGGCAGCAGCAGGCAGGCGGUGAGCCGGCACCAAAAACUGCCCAAGUUCUCCGGUCCUCUUUGUAUUUUGUAUUAAGAUCUCCCCAGCCAAUGAAUGUGCUAUUUUGAAUGAAUGAACGACAAUGCAAGGGUGGGGGUGGGGGGAUUGUUGAGGGAGCGUCAGCUGUCGUUUGCAUGUAACUAACGCAGGGUGGUUACGGCGAUCGUGUUGAACAGCAUCCUAAAGUGUGGGUCGGUGGGGGGGGGGGCUCUGUUUGCCCCAUUUCUGCAAUUCACAGAACAGAGCAAUUGGUCUUCCACCCCGCAGGGAAGAGGAAGGGUAGAGUCGUGGCCCUGGUAGAUUGUUUUUGUUACCUAGAGAGAGGCGUGCCAACAGGGCAGGCAUUGUUUGGAGCCCCACACACAUACAGGUGUUUAUUCUUGCAUUGUUCGCAGAUAUCGUGAAGGGUUUGUCGAUUCCUUGACCCUGUGUGGAUAAUAGGGUUUGCAGGUAGGAGGGUGAUGAUGAAAUAUUUUUUUUUAUGAGUGGCCCACAGUGAUUUCUGGUCUGGAUCAUAUUCAUUCCAGUUGUUUUAGAAUGCAUCCAAUCAUUUCUUAAUAAUACAUAUUUGAAUUUAUAUCAACGAUCAUGUAAUUCCUUUUAACCAUUACAUUCAGAAAAAUAUAUAUUUUAGAAUGACGAGUAAACCUUAAUGAAAACGUGUAAUGUGUUUUUAAAUGAAUUUUAGCAAUAUUAAAGUAAUGUUUACAAUAACAAUUAUCAAUAUGAGGCAAGGGGGGCCCUCGCUGUCAUGGGAGGGCUGACGCACGGAUCGAGCAGCGGGGGUGAAGAGACUCUUCGUUUGAGUCGUAAUAAAAAAAAUGUGUGGUCAGAACGCGUAAAACAAAAAUGUGUGAAGUUUAACUUCUUUCACACCGUACGUAGCCCACCGUGCUAAUCGGAGAUGCCCGGGGGAAGGAUAAAUUGAAAAGAGAAGGCAGUUGUAAGGAAAUUAGUUUUCAAUCUAGAUGAUUUUAAAGCCCAUAGCUCCCAGUGGCUUCCUAAUAUCGGAAGGAAGAGCGUUCCAGACGGCCGCAGAAGCGCAUCUGAAAGCGCCGCGCGAUGCGGUGACGCUCGACCAAAGCCAAUGAAGGAAGUUGUCGCGUGAACCAACGUGGCAGCUUGUUUUCUACUUCAGCACUCCGCUGUGUUGGAGGGCCACAAUCCUGGCAACUGCCUGAUGGUGCUGGUGCUUUGUAACCAGCAGUGAAGCGUACACAAUUGUUAAAUACGUCUGUAUCGCUCUCUAACACAUCCGGGGUGCUGCGGCAGCGAUAGGCUAGCACGUUUUGUUCCCUUACCUGGCUGUCGGCUGGAGAAGGGUAUACGACACGCACUUUACUUGCGCGAUCUGUUCUGAAAGUCGGUUACUAAUCGUAACAUUGGUCGCUAAAACCCAAGUCUGCUCAAAGAUUCGAUUACCGAUUUCUGUGCCAUGGUAAGAGAAUUCAUGUUUUUUUUUUCAUCCGCCGUCGUGAAACAUUUCCUGGACAUUUUGUGGAUGGUGACAAGAAUUGCAGGGCCAUCUCCUAGACAAUUGUAUGUAUUGAUACGUGUGUACGCUGCAGUUACUGUAUUGACAGAAAAUGGACGAAUGUGCAGGACCGAGUGGCAUCUUGGCUUUGCGCGAGUAGAAACGGUUUCUUCUGCAACUGCCUGAAUCUCGCCGCAAAGGCUGUUAAGUAGCCAACCCAUCCAGCCAAAAUGAAUCGCUGCGGUCGGGUCAACGGCGGCCUUGCUUCACAAUCGGCACGGCAGGCACAAAACACACCAAGUAGUGGAGACGAUUCAAAGGCUUUGGUGAGCUGUAAGAUGCAUUUUAUUUGCGUGGCAUGUGGCGAGCUCUCUUCACUCACUUGUCGGCGAGUGCCACCGGACAUUGGUAAAAACAUCAUUCCCCUGUGCCUUUUUCUUGGACCACAUCCAAACAGUUAUGUUAAGCAAUAGAUAAUAUUAGAUAAGAUAAUAAGAAAAAAAUAUAUUAACUGUUUAUCUUUAUUAAAAUAGAAAUAUUCUUAAUGCAUUAUUUAAUGAGUAAAAACAAUAAAAUAAUGGAAUUGAUAUAUGUAUACGUUUAUUCAUGGUUCGAUUUAACAAAUGUUGAUUACUUUUUAGAACAUAACAUAAAUAAUGUAUUUUAUAUAAUCAAAUAGAAAUACGUGAAUUUAUAGUUUUAAUACUAAUAGCAGUAAUAUAAUAGUGAUAUUGGGUUGUACGUUAGAAAGUGGGGAUGAGUGUGUUAAUGAUUUGUACGAGAUGAGGCGAGGUAAAGCGAAUGAAGAAGAGUUCUUUGUUACAAUGGACACCUGCAAAAGACAUAAACCAUGACUGGGCCAUUGGAAAUCACGUUUUUAAUAAUUGAGUAGUAAUUGCACAAAUCUUGCCUAUGGAGUUACCGAGUGGUUGCAGUAAAUCAACUCGUGAUGCCCGUGCAGCCUGGCUCGGUCUCGGCCCGUGUCACGACAUGUAGCAGUAUUACACAGUAACCAAGCGCUUUGGUCUUCCUUGCAUCUAAAUCGUUGCUUGUCAACCCGUUUCAGUCCACGGCGCUCACGUUCGGAGUUUGCUUGAUCUUCGCGGCGCGCUGAACCUAAAGAAUCCGUUUUGCCGAACUGCGCGAGGUCGAGGCAGCUGAGAGGGCCGGGGGUGGUGGCUGGCGGCCGAUGUGGAGAGAGGAGGGGAGGACGGGGGGUGGUGGGGCUGGAUCGGCCGCUGACCGGCGCGGAGGAGGAGAGUUCCGUCUGUCCCCAACGGUGAAGGUUCAUUUUCCUUUGCUGUAAAUUGAGAAUAUGCCGCGGGCACACGGGUUGCCAAGCACCGAUCUAAACGAAUUGAAGUGACCCAAAUUUAUACCAAAAAAAACCUUUUGAGACAACCUCUUUUGCAAUGAAGACCACCAAAAAUGUUUUAACACUGCGUGUAUGCAAGUAUUUGUGCCAGAAGGUGGCUACUGGUGGGAGCACAGCUUAGGUCUGACUUGACCAGGUCACAAGAGAACAACAAACACGGAAUGUUUUCUGUGAACUGAAUCGUGGCGAGUCGAGUGACAUCUGAACGGGCUGCACUUGCCGGCGUGUUUUUGAGUGGUCAGACAAAAUCCCGAGGACCACACCGUGUGGAUGCCUUCAUCCAGCUGUGGACUUGAAAAAUGGGUGUAAAAAAAUACCUGCUUUUUUUCUAUUACAAGCAAAUCGCUUGAUCUUUUGUGAUUGUCUGAUUUGUCACAUUUGUAUUCGACCCAAUAUUCGGCCAAACUAUCUCGAUGGAUUUUCAGGUCGAACCGGAACCCCCCAAGUGUGUGCUCCCGCUGCUGUAGUCGCCAGUCAAAGUCAAAAGUCCUAUAGCCCUGCUUCUCAUAAUCUCUUAAAGCGAGCGGCGCUGUGGGGCCGUGCCCGUGCUAUCUCAGGAGGCAGCGUGUCCGAUCUUCCACUGCGCGAACUCCGAGCCGAGCCACCGACCUCCGCAACGAACGCUCACAUUGAUUUAAUUCCGUCCCCAAGGACCCUGGUCCACCCCCUGAGCUUGUCUUGCGAGGUCGGCAUAAUGUCCGCAAUGUACGUACGUUGAACUUCUUUCGCGCCGUACUUUGCCAACCGUGCGCUCAUCGGAGGUGCAAUGAUGCGGUUUUGGCUUCGGCUCCGGCAAAUAGCCGGUGGGGAUAAGCGUUCCGUUCCCGGUUGUGGGCCCCUCCCCUGGCGCGGCUCGGAUGUGCCAGGUGGAAAAAGGGGCAUUGUGCGCGCGCUUGCCCGAAGCAGGUCUGGAGAUGCUCCCGAGCUCAAGGAAGAGAGCCUGGUUGAUAGGAACGCAUCGGUGGGCCCUGAAUGGGAAAUCGACCACGCGUAAGAGUUGCGCUCGUGGUGUUUUAGAUAGAUAUUGAUUUUUUUACUAUUUGACAUAUAUACUAGUAAUAUUCAAAUUUACAGAUUUUAAUGUCUAUUUCAAUUUAAUACAGUACUUUGAAUUUUUUACGUCAUUUUGUACUAUCGUUACAUUCUAGAUAUGAAUAAAAUCGUUAUUAUAUUA